UUCAGCCCUUGAGAAUUGGUGCAUGAUUCAAAAUCACCCUCUUCUCAAACAGUACGAGUUUGAGACUUAAUUCGCGUGCAACUGUAGUACUAUGAAAUGAGGCAAUAAAUUUACCACUGAAUGGGGCGACUUGGAUAUCAAAGAAUGACUAUUGAAGGAUUUUAGAAAAUUGAAGUUAGAAGAGUGAGUUAAAUUGAAGAAAACAAUAUGAUUAAAUUGAUUUUUUCUCCCAGUAGAUGAAAUCACCUUUUAAGUUAACCUAGAAGAAUAUAUAUAAUGAUAUAAUUUUUGUUUAAAGCAUGAAUAUACAACAGCACAAGUGACAAGGGGAAGAUGGUCUGUUGGACUUCACCAUCGUGGCUGUGAUGAAGCAGCGGUGCCUACUCUCGUCACUGUAAUAACGUCCAUUAUUGAUGAAACUCACGACGCAAAGAGCCACUAGGGUUUCAACCUCACACCCCACUCUGGACCCUUCUCUCAUGAAUCCCCCAAUUCUCUAACUCAUUACCAACUCUUCUUCUUCUUCCAUGGAGGGCUCUGCAUAUGACCUGCGCCUCGGAGCCCCCCAUGAGUUGGACCUCACCGAUCUAGAUCAUUCAAUGAAUCGGUUGAACCUUUCUGUCUCCUCCAGCGACCCUCAUCAUGAUCAUGCUCCGCCACAGCCACAACCACCUCCUCCUACUUCCAUUUCUGAUGACGUCAUCAACCACGUCGACCAGUUCCUCCGCGAUGCCAUUCACAACCCUCGUGAACGCCUUUCCGUAUUGCGGAUAGAGGAAGAUAUUGAGAAGUUCAUUGAUGAUCCUAGCCAACAGCAGCUUGAAUUUCACCGGCUGCCAACGUCCUAUUUACGGCUGGCCGCCCACCGCGUGGCUCAGCAUUACUCGCUGCCCUCGAUGGUUUUAGUGGAUAAUACCUCCCCAGAUGGUUCUGGCUCAAGAAUUAUCAUCCACAAAACAUCUGAAUGCAAGAUGCCGCUUGUUCGCCUCGCCGACAUCCCUGUAAAACUAUCAUCGGAAGACAAUCCUGCUGCUGUUAUGAAAGUGGCCAUCAAACAGAGGCCAAACAAGCAGAUACAAAUUCUUGGCAAUGCGAAUUCCAACUCAGUGAAGAGUAGCAACUCCAAAAGUAUGGAAGAGAGAAAAGAUGAGUAUAAUAGGGCUCGUGAAAGGAUAUUUAGUUCUAGCAGUAAUGGUGCUAUUGUAGGUGGGAAGCCAGAAUGUGACUUGAGGAAGCAGGAUAAGACUACAGUUGCUUCCUUGGGGGUUUCUAGGGUAGAAGGAAAAGCUGCUUCGGUAGCGGAGAUCAAUUAUUGUAGAGGGCUGGUUGAGUCUUCAACUAAUUGUAGCAGGUCUAGAAGUAGGACAGAGAAGGAGCAAGUUGGUAGAUACAGCCAACAUAAUAGGGUGGCUAUCUUUCGGGAUCGUGAAGUUGAUCGCAAGGAUCCUGAUUACAACAGGAGCUAUGAUAGAAUUGUAAAUCUAACAAAUGUAAAGGAUGAUAUGGUUGGAGUAAGGAUUAACCUGGUAAUUUCUUGUAACUGGCAUAGUAGGUAUAUGCAAAGAUUUGAUCCUGGGUUUGGGUUCAAUGGAGGGUUUUAUGCCAUGCAACCAAUGUAUACAUCAGUAGUAAAUUAUAAUACUGAGUUUCCACAGCUUGGAUCCACUCAUGGACCCCAGCUUUCUUCUGAACACCAUUCCCAACCUCUUCUGCAGCACAUACCUGGUCCAUGGGCCCCGCCAUCCAUACCUGGAGUGCGAUAUGGACAUCCAGACACCAUCAUGCCACCAUUUAAUCCUAGUCAUUUUCCUGGACAUUCGACUAUGCACUUGCAUUCAUCUCAAUAUUCUCGUCAGCAACCAGUUCCUUUCAUCCAUCAUGAUCCUGUUCACCAACCCUUUGCACAGUAUCAUCAACUACCUCCUGAUGCAUGUUUUGGAUUGACCCGGCCCCGGUGAGGGGGCGUGGCCAUGCUUUCUCCCGAUCAGCCGUAGUUGUAUAAUGGAUUCCUGCAGGUCCAGGUUUUCUUUCAGCUGAUUGGAUUGCUGGCAUAUAAGCCGAGUUGGACUGGAUUGGAUUUGUGUAUUCUGGUAUACCAUUGAUCCAUUCGUCCAUUCUUGGAUUUGCUAGGAUGCUACUUGCAUCUUCCAUAACAGUGCUCCUUCUGGGCAUGUAUUUCGUUCAGAGCUGUAAGAGCGCAUACAUAUUGCCGAUGACAGAAUGCUUUGGGGAUUAAACAGGAGCCAAUACAUACGGUUCUUGACUUGGAUGAAGCCUGCCAAAGAGUUCACGUCGUUAUCCACCGGGUUGCUUGAACAUGUGAUGCUGGACUGGAGCUUCUCAAGCGUUAUUCACAAGUCGCUAUACUUCAAAGUUUAUUGUAAUGAAUAUCAUAUAUACAGUGUGUAUAAGCUGUUAUUAGUUCGUGGAGUUAAGUCCCAUUUUAGUCCCUGAGAUUGGCGAGUUGCACUGAUUUGGUCCCCGACUUCCUAAUUGCUACAACUUGGUCCUUCAUAUUAAAAAAAGGUGCACCAAUGCAGUCCUUCGUGGAUCUUCCGUCACCAAGACUCAACACUGUUAGUGACGUAGCUCAAGCCUUACCACGCUAGACAUAUUAAAACGACGUCGUAUCAGUGUUUUAAAAUAGCGGCCAUGGCGGCGCCAUGGCGGAAUGGCGUGGCGGAAUUUGACCUCGCCGCCAUAUGUAGGCCACCGCAACGUGCUUAUCACGGCGGGGCAAAAGGCGCCGCAAUUGCGGUGGCGCCAUGGCGGUCCGCCAUUGAGAAUGGCGAAAAUGGCGGGUUUUUUUUGGUUUUUU